GCUCCGCAGCGGCAACAGUAGCGAAUAAUACGACUGAUACAUGGAUAUUUUGUGUAUGUUACAGCUUUACUGCUUGACAUAUGAGAGACACUUAAAUAAUGGACUGCUGAAUUAUGAAGAAUUUCAGACCCAGUAGUAGAACCUCACUCGGCCACUCACUCCUUUAUCUUCUACUAGUUAUUUAAAUUGGACUUUUAAUAUCCCACCAGCUGCUCUUCAGACACACAUGGUGCAUUGUUGCCAUUCCCCGGAUUGCAUCUUUGAAACACAGGCUCUUAGUAGAUUUCAGCGAACAAAGAGGCAACCUCCUGGGUACAUUUACUGGGAGGGUGUCACCCUGACUGCCCUCUAGCUUCUGCCGGAUCUGGAUUUGAAUUCCACCAUGGAGCCUCGCAUGGAGUCCUGCCUGGCACAGGUGUUGCAGAAGGAUGUGGGGAAACGACUGCAGGUUGGCCAAGAACUUAUAGACUAUUUCUCAGACAAACAGAAGUCUGCUGACCUUGAACAUGACCAGACCAUGUUAGAUAAACUUGUGGAUGGGCUUGCUACCUCUUGGGUGAACUCUAGCAAUUACAAGGUGGUUCUUCUCGGCAUGGACAUCCUGUCCGCGCUGGUCACCCGGCUGCAGGAUCGGUUCAAGGCGCAGAUUGGCACAGUGCUGCCAAGUUUAAUAGACAGACUGGGAGAUGCUAAAGACUCUGUGCGAGAGCAAGACCAAACUCUGUUGCUGAAGAUCAUGGAUCAAGCUGCUAAUCCCCAGUACGUUUGGGACCGAAUGCUGGGAGGCUUCAAGCACAAGAAUUUCCGGACUCGGGAAGGCACGUGCCUCUGCCUUGUGGCCACACUCAAUGCCUCUGGAGCACAUACUUUAACACUAAGCAAGAUUGUGCCACAUAUAUGUAAUUUACUUGGAGAUCCAAACAGCCAGGUUCGAGACGCAGCAAUAAACAGCUUAGUGGAGAUUUACAGACACGUGGGAGAACGUGUGAGGGCAGACCUCAGUAAAAAAGGAUUGCCGCAGUCCCGGUUGAAUGUAAUUUUUACGAAAUUUGAUGAAGUCCAAAAAUCUGGAAACAUGAUACAGUCCGCAAACGAUAAAAAUUUUGAUGAUGAAGAUUCUGUGGACGGUAAUAGACCUUCCUCUGCUAGUUCUACAUCGUCCAAAGCUCCGCCCAGCUCACGGAGAAACGUUGGAAUGGGGACCACCCGCCGGCUUGGGUCAUCCACUCUCGGAUCCAAGUCUUCAGCUGCAAAAGAAGGAGCUGGUGCUGUUGAUGAAGAGGACUUUAUUAAAGCAUUUGAUGAUGUACCUGUAGUGCAGAUUUAUUCCAGCCGAGACCUUGAGGAAUCCAUAAACAAGAUUAGGGAAAUAUUAUCUGAUGACAAGCAUGAUUGGGAGCAAAGAGUAAAUGCUCUAAAAAAGAUAAGAUCUUUACUUUUGGCUGGUGCUGCUGAGUAUGAUAACUUCUUUCAACAUUUGCGUCUUUUGGAUGGAGCCUUUAAACUAUCUGCUAAGGACCUGCGGUCUCAGGUAGUGCGGGAGGCUUGUAUCACAUUGGGGCAUCUGUCAUCAGUUCUGGGGAAUAAGUUUGACCAUGGAGCUGAAGCCAUUAUGCCAACUAUCUUUAAUUUAAUUCCAAAUAGUGCCAAAAUUAUGGCCACAUCCGGUGUUGUGGCUGUUAGGUUAAUCAUUCGGCACACACACAUCCCUAGGCUAAUACCUGUCAUAACAAGCAACUGUACCUCUAAGUCUGUCGCAGUUAGAAGGCGCUGUUUUGAAUUUUUAGAUUUACUUUUACAAGAGUGGCAGACACAUUCACUGGAACGACAUAUAUCAGUAUUAGCCGAAACAAUAAAGAAGGGAAUACAUGAUGCGGAUUCCGAAGCAAGGAUAGAAGCCAGAAAGUGCUACUGGGGUUUUCACAGUCACUUCAGCAGAGAAGCAGAGCACUUGUAUCACACCCUCGAGUCCUCCUACCAGAAGGCCCUGCAGUCCCACCUGAAGAACUCCGACAGCAUCGUGUCUCUGCCCCAGUCUGACCGCUCAUCCUCAAGUUCUCAGGAGAGUCUGAACCGGCCGCUCUCUGCCAAAAGAAGUCCUACUGGAAGCACCACCUCUAGAGCUUCUACAGUUAGCACCAAAUCCGUGUCAACGACCGGGUCGCUCCAGCGGUCUCGAAGCGAUAUUGACGUGAAUGCAGCAGCCAGUGCCAAGUCCAAGGUGUCUUCGGCCUCGGGAGCUACGCCUUUCAGCUCAGCAGCAGCCUUGCCUCCCGGGUCAUAUGCAUCCUUAGAGUCCAGACACGUGAGGGAAGAUACGGAGUCCAUAGGCCUUGACGCAGGUCGGAUCCGCACGAGACGGCAGAGCUCUGGGAGCGCCACCAAUGUUGCCACCACACCUGACAGUCGAGGCCGCAGCCGCGCCAAAGUGGUUUCACAGUCCCAGCGAUCCAGAUCUGCUAAUCCUGCUGGUGCUGGCAGCCGGUCAAGUUCCCCAGGGAAAUUGUUGGGAAGUGGUUAUGGUGGCCUUGCUGGGGGUUCCUCAAGAGGCCCACCUGUGACCCCCUCUUCAGAAAAACGAAGCAAGAUUCCCAGGAGUCAGGGAUGUAGCCGAGAAACAAGUCCAAACCGAAUAGGAUUAGCACGGAGCAGCCGUAUCCCUCGACCCAGCAUGAGUCAGGGGUGCAGCCGUAAUACCAGCUGUGAGAGCAGCCGCGAUACGAGCCCCGCUCGGGGCUUUCCUCCACUCGCCUCUCGACGUCAUUCCAGGUCCACUAGUGCCCUCUCCACUGCUGAAACUGUUGGGCAGUCAGACCGGUUUGGGCUUGGCCAGGCAGGAAGAAUACCUGGCUCUGUGAAUGCCAUGCGAGUUCUGAGCACAAGUACAGACCUCGAAGCUGCUGUCGCCGAUGCUUUGCUGUUAGGAGACUCCAGGAGCAAGAAGAAGCCUGUGAGGAGGAGGUACGAGCCGUAUGGGAUGUAUUCAGAUGAUGACGCCAACAGCGAUGCCUCAAGUGUUUGCUCUGAGCGCUCGUACGGCUCCAGGAAUGGUGGCAUUCCCCAUUAUCUGCGGCAGACUGAGGACGUAGCAGAAGUUCUCAACCACUGUGCCAGUUCCAACUGGUCAGAAAGGAAAGAAGGGCUUCUAGGCCUGCAGAACUUACUGAAGAGCCAAAGAACACUGAGUCGAGUAGAAUUGAAAAGAUUGUGUGAGAUCUUCACCCGAAUGUUUGCUGACCCUCACAGCAAGAUUGCUGAUUCAGAACCAGAAUGUGAGGAUAAAGAAGGAAAUUUGUUUCCAUCAGAAGGCUCUUGUACAAGAGUUUUCAGUAUGUUUUUGGAGACUCUUGUGGAUUUUAUUAUAAUUCAUAAGGAUGACUUGCAAGACUGGCUUUUUGUUCUUCUCACACAAUUACUUAAGAAAAUGGGAGCAGAUUUACUUGGAUCUGUGCAAGCAAAAGUUCAGAAGGCUCUAGAUGUCACCAGGGACUCCUUUCCAUUUGAUCAACAGUUUAACAUUUUGAUGAGAUUUAUUGUGGAUCAAACUCAAACUCCUAACCUCAAGGUCAAAGUUGCAAUCCUGAAGUACAUUGAGUCCCUCGCUCGGCAGAUGGAUCCAACAGAUUUUGUAAACUCUAGUGAGACGAGGCUUGCUGUUUCUAGAAUUAUAACCUGGACUACAGAACCAAAGAGUUCAGACGUGAGAAAGGCAGCACAAAUUGUGCUGAUCUCUCUGUUUGAAUUGAACACUCCUGAAUUCACCAUGUUACUUGGUGCCUUGCCAAAAACAUUCCAGGAUGGUGCCACCAAACUCCUGCAUAACCACCUCAAGAACGCCAGUAACACCAGUGUGGGCUCUCCGAGCAAUACAAUUGGCCGAACUCCCUCCCGACACACCAGCAGCAGGACCAGCCCCCUGACCUCCCCCACCAACUGUUCCCAUGGGGGCCUAUCUCCCAGCAUGCUGGAGUAUGAUACAGAGAACCUGAACUCGGAAGAAAUUUAUAGUUCUCUGCGUGGAGUUACGGAAGCCAUUGAAAAGUUUAGUUUUCGAAGCCAAGAGGAUCUGAAUGAGCCAAUUAAACGAGAUGGCAAGAAGGACUGUGAUAUUGUGUCCCGCGAUGGUGGAGUUGCCUCGCCUGCCACAGAGGGCCGGGGAGGCAGCGAUGUGGUGGAAGGAGGCAGAACAGCUCUGGAUAACAAGACGUCCCUCCUCAACACCCAGCCUCCACGCGCCUUCCCAGGGCCGCGGGUGCGAGACUACAAUCCGUACCCCUACUCCGACACCAUCAACACCUAUGACAAGACAGCUCUGAAGGAGGCCGUGUUUGAUGAUGACAUGGAGCAGCUUCGAGACGUACCCAUUGACCAUUCUGACUUGGUGGCCGACCUGCUGAAGGAGCUGUCCAACCACAACGAGCGGGUGGAGGAACGGAAAGGUGCCCUGCUGGAGCUGCUCAAGAUCACCCGGGAAGACAGCCUCGGCGUCUGGGAGGAACACUUCAAGACCAUUUUGCUCCUGCUGCUGGAGACGCUUGGGGACAAAGACCAUUCCAUCCGAGCACUAGCAUUGAGAGUUUUACGGGAAAUUCUGAGAAACCAGCCAGCCAGAUUUAAAAACUACGCCGAGCUGACCAUUAUGAAGACUCUGGAAGCCCAUAAAGAUUCCCAUAAGGAGGUAGUGCGAGCGGCCGAGGAGGCGGCGUCCACGCUGGCCAGCUCCAUCCACCCGGAGCAGUGCAUCAAAGUUCUCUGUCCCAUCAUCCAGACGGCUGACUACCCCAUCAACCUCGCCGCCAUCAAGAUGCAGACCAAAGUCGUCGAGAGGAUCGCCAAGGAGUCCUUGUUGCAGCUCCUCGCCGACAUCAUCCCGGGCUUGCUACAGGGUUAUGACAACACUGAAAGCAGCGUGCGUAAGGCCAGCGUGUUUUGCUUAGUGGCAAUUUAUUCCGUAAUUGGAGAAGAGCUGAAACCUCACCUCGCACAGCUCACGGGGAGCAAGAUGAAGCUACUAAACUUAUAUAUAAAGAGGGCCCAGACCACGAACAGUAACAGCAGCUCCUCAUCCGACGUGUCCACACACAGCUAAUGGCAGCGCCAGAGUCUCUUCGUGUAGCCCUAGAAGCAGUCGGUGGUGCCUCUCCGAGACCUUCCCCCACCCUCCCCCUCAUCAGCUGCCCAAUCAGUACAAGGAGGCCCGCAAAUAUUUAUUACAAUCAGUAUUUUGGUCCCUUCCAGCUUUUGUGUAGAAUCUUACUGGUAUUGAAUGUAAAGGAAGCAAGGCCUGUAUUGCAGUCCUCAUAUGAAACAAAUGGAAUAAGAAAAGAGCCAUACUUAAAUGCAUCUUGUACAGCCUGCUGAGAUCAUAAAACCAUGUGUGUGGGGUGCACUUUCAAAAAAUUGGAGCUCUCUGGCCAAUACUUGGUAGAAAGUAGCAUUUUCUCUUAGUUACUAACAUUUGAGGAGGGUAUGUUAAUUUGUGCUUCUCUCUCACUUCGCUUACUUCCUUCUGGAUACGGCCUGUGACCCCAGGAAAGGGUCAUACAUCUUUCAGUUGUAUUGUGAGACCUACUAAGAAUGUGAGUCGAGUCUCGGCAAGAAACAGAGAAAAGCCUGAAGACGGUCUUGUAACAACCACGUGGAAUUUUGCUUGUACAGGAUCUAGCCUGGAGGCCCAGGGUUCCCCCUGCAGCCUCCUUCCAGGAUGGGCUCCCCGCCCCUCUGGACACUCUACUCACGCUGUCCCCACCUGGAGCUUCCAGUCGAAAGAAUUCUUUCUUCUGUUUAAAUCCAAACACAAAAAUCAAGGUAAAUCUGUAGCAGCCAUUCAUGGGUGCCUAACGUGGCAUUUCAUGAAGCCUGGAGGGUACAAAAGAAGGUGCGUGUGUGUGAGUGAGUGUUCCACUCCUCAGCUCUUGGGGAAACACUAUGUUAACAGGGCUCCGCCUUGACCCUGGUGCUUGGUGGUGCAGAUUUUUAGAUUUAGCGCCCUCUCUUUGCCUCCCCCACAGCCUCUGCCUCAGCUCCUCAGUUCUAGAGUGUUCUCCGUCAGUCUGGUAAAUGGCAUCCCAGUUUUGACUUCUCGGUUUAAUACAGGAGUAAGAUCGAAGAAAAGUCCAGAGAGGCCAAGUAUCAGAAUUUUUUUUUUUUUUUAAUUUUAUGGACAAAAGUACUUUCUUGCUCAUCUGUUGAAAUAGUCCUUGUUUAAGGAAAAAGUAAUUUGGCGGCUAGCAAAUUGCAGAAAAACAGGAUUUGAAACCCAGUUUCAAAGUCUGUUUCCUUUUCUCCAAUGAGAAAUGAUCAGAGAAACUACCCUUACAAAUUUCUUAAGGGUUUGAUUACUCCAGUAAAAUGAACUCUAGAUUUGGAAUCUGGUUAAAUACAUUUUGAGUAAAAUUCUUAAAGCCACAUGGAAGUCCUUGAUGUCUUCACAAAGGCUUUUCUAUCCUGUGUCUAAAUGGAACUGGUUUUUCCUUCUGGAAAAUGCCGACUCUGGUGGUAUUUUUUUUAAUGAGAUGUUCGCUGUUCCGAUGCAGAAUCCCCUGCAGCCUGCAGCCCUGAGAACAGAGACUGUGUGGGGUCACCACGGACGUCCACAGACCCCCUUGCUCUGGCCCUGGCUUUGUGUUGGAAGUUGCAACACUGUAGCACACAUAAACUCAGUUUCAUUCGGAAUUUAUUUUAGAUACUUUAUUUGGAACUAGGCACUGAAAAUGAAGGUCCAGGAACAGUGAAGCCAGGGUGCCUUCACUGAGAGAGAGAGAGUGCGCACGUGUGUGUGCGUGUGUGUGCGCACACGCGCAUGCGCGCACGCAGGGGAUAUCUUGCACAUGGAGGGAAGUACCCCACUGCUGCUGUUGAAGGAACUUCAGGGGUGCAUUUUAAGUGGUUGAAUAUUGACUUAUUUUUGGCUCAGAACAUAGCAGGACCAGGCCUUACUUUCACUGAUAAAUACCGUUUGUUAUAUUUCACUAAUGGGAUUUCCUUUUUACACUCGACAAGUGAGUCAGGGCACCUUUUGAUUACUCCUCUGUUGUAGAAACGUGCAUUCUGGCUAGGUUAUUUAUGAGUUCUGUUACACCUGAUGCGUUUGGAAACACCUUCCUCCUUGAACUCUCUGACUCCCUGGUCCCCCAGGCCCUGCCGCCUGCAGUUGGGAAGAAUCUUGAACAUUGCCGAGUUGUCCUCACAGUACUCCCAAAGGGCUAGCCUUGAAUGUCACUUCCCCAGCCUUCAGUCUCCUGACCUAGAGAGAGCUACAAUCACGUACAGGUCUCUUGGCCUCAGUCAAAGCCCUGCCCUCGCGCCGGGGUGACUCGCAUGCCGCCACCACCUCAUGGGGAGGGAGCUGCGCCUGCCGCCGACCCCCGAACCCCGGACAGCCGCCGCCCCCCUGCAGGCCUCCCGUUCGGCCCAAACACCACAAAGAGCAAAGCACCCAAAACUGCGAAACUCUGUUUGCCUCCCCUGUUCACCUGACCAUCCAGGACCCUGACGAGCCCACCCGCCUGAGCCUCCCUCUCGCUGGGACUGGCUUCCCUCCUGGCUCCUACUUGCCACGGUGCGGCGGGCAGGCUGAGGCCGAGGUGAGCAUGCAGCUUCCUUCAAGUACACUGUGUGUGCUUCGCUGGGCGGCGCUGCGGACAGCCCGGGACUGCCUCUCUGUGGCUCCCCCCGGCUUCUCCUCCCCUGUGCAGGUGAUGCAGCCGAUCCUGGUCUCCUCCGUCUUUUUCUUUCCCUGCCGCCCUUUAUUUAUCAAGCCUAAUACUACACGUUAACAGCAAGUAAGAACUUUGUAGAAUCCCACCAGGACUUUGCUAACAAUGAUGUUUGGAAAUGGAAAAAAAAAAAACGCUCUGAAAACUAUCAGCCACCAAAAUAGUUUUGUCGGCACUGUGUUCACACGCAUGGUCCCCACACCCCCAGGUUGGGUUUUUUGGGUUUUGUUUUUGUUUUUUGGGGGCUUUUCAUGUUACAUCCAUAUCUGUAUUUAUAUCUUAUUUGUUUCACUUUCAAGUGUAUCAUGGCAAAUGUACAGAUUUUUUUUGUUAAUAAUGUGCUAGGAUUUGCUAAAAAAAACAACAACAAAAAAAAACCCUUUUGAGUUUGCCCUAGAAUAAAUGAAACUUAAUUCAGUUUC